UAACAUUGUCUAAUUUAGGUUAUGUUUUUGUUUUUGAUUAUUUUGUUGUCACGUUGCGAUUAAUCGAUGCGAUUGUUGAUGGAAACUUAACAAAUAUGGUAAACCGUUACCAGAACGUUAACGCCAAUAAUAACAGGAAAGUGUAAAAAACUGUAUGCUCCCACUGUUAAGCGUAUCAACUGAAACGCGUCUAUAGAGCAAACUACAUUUAAUUACACUAACUAAUCAAAACUAAUCUUUUUUUAGUUUUCGUUAUGGUGUGAACCAUUGAAAUGUAGUUCUAACCUCAUAACAAUCACAGAUUUUAUUGGUUGAUUUGUUAAUUUUUAAAUUUAAAAUUAACAUUAGCAAUCGGUGCAGAAAACUAACUCUUUCAGCACCAAUAUCGGAACAACAUAUUUUUAAUUUAUGGAACGUUUUAUAGCGUACACUUUAAAAUGAAUGCUCUAUUGAUGGAAAAGCUUUCAAAAAAAGUACAACAUGCCUUAAAAUUAAGUGGAUUUAACGUAAGACGGGAAUAUUGUUAUUUGAUUGUAAAAAAGUUUCAAGAAUCGAACAAAAACCUAGAAUCUGAUUUUGAGGAAAAUGUGAAAUCUAUAUGUUCCAGUUUAGAAACUCAGAGUUUGGCAGGUCAUAGCAUAGAAAAAGCGAACAUUGAAACCACAAUCGAGAUGUGUUUGAAAUCUGGUUAUGAUCGCAAUGAAACAGUUUUUAAUGUGAUAAAUGCUUUUGACUUUCCAAAAUUAUGUUACAAUACAACAAGAAAGAUUUAUUCCAAAGAUGUUGAAAGUAGCAAGUUAUUGCCAGUGGCGGAUGCCAAAAUCAAAUUGUUUUUUGAGCGUUAUUCCUCAAUUCUUCAAAGAACCAAACGCAGCUUUUCACACUCUCUUCUUGGUGCUGAAAAAAACCACUUGAAGUUACAAACGGUGGACUACCUAUUGACUCUUUCUGAAGCAAAACUAGAUCACACACUUAUUUUGGGAAGUUUGUUACAAGUUGCAGAAAAUAAAUACUUUCUGGAAGAUCCCACUGGCAUUGUCCAAUUAGAUUUAAGCCACGCCAAUUAUCAUACAGGAUUUUUUGUCGAAAAUGUUUUUGUUUUAGUAAAUGGUUAUUAUGAAGAUAGAAUUUUAUGUGUAUCAACAAUAGCAUUACCGCCUGGAGAAGAAUAUCAAGAUUCCAGACCUAGUUUCGGCAAUAUAAACUAUUUUGGGGGAAAUUCAGAUGUUCCCUUAAGGGAUUCGAAAACACUAAAACGGCACUUACUAGAGAACAAAAAUGCCAUGUUUAUGUUCUUUUCUGAUGUGUGGCUGGACAACAACUUAAUCUUUGAUAAAUUAGAAAAGCUCUUUAUGAAAACAGAACAGUUUGCACAACCAAUAGCCUUUGUCUUCAUGGGGAACUUCAUGGCUGAAUCUCAAGGAAAUGAAUCAUUGGAUGUGCUGAAAAAACUUUUUAAAAAGUUUGCUGAACUUAUUUCCAAAUUUCCCAACAUUGUUGCGUUAAGUCAAUUUGUUUUCAUUCCAGGGUUGCUAGAUCCAUGUACUCCACAUAUAGUUCCAAGGCUUGAACUACCGACCUAUGUCACAGAAGACAUGCAAAAGAUUUUGCCAAAUGCAAUAUUUGCUACAAACCCUUGCAGGAUUCAGUAUUGCACAAAAGAAAUUGUGAUUUUUAGAGCAGAUUUAGUCCCAAAAUUUAUGCAAGGGACAUUAAAUAAACCCAGAAAACAGGAAAUUGGAAAUAACUUGGCCAAAACUCUGAUAAGUCAAGGUCACUUGAGCCCUAUGGCUUUAAAUGCGCUAACUGUACAUUGGGACUUUGAUUAUUGCCUUUCGGUGUAUCCACUCCCAGACUUAAUUGUGGUUGGUGAUAGGUCUGAAUCCUACCAAGGCAUAUAUAAAAACUGUAUUGUUGUAAAUCCUGGACAGUUUUGUGCAGAUGAGUUUCCUUUCAAAAUGUAUUAUCCAAACAAUGAUUUGCAGAAUGCAAUAGAAGAUUGUGUGGUAGAUGUUGAUGAUGUGGCGGAAAGUAGUGACAUGUAAAGUUUAAUUUAUUUUUCAAUUAUAUUUUUUAAAUAGACAAUUAAAUGCUGGUAGAAUAAAAAAUUGAAAAAAAAUAAUUUAACAAUAAAUAGUCCUUGGGUGUAUCCAAACGCCUUAGAGCAUGAGUUUUUUUUGUAAUGAAUGAUGCCCAAUAAAUUAAGAGAUGUAGAAAGAUGCAACAUUUUG